AUGAUGUACCCCGUUUCACUAGACACACCAGCUCCAAAGGAAAAGCCAGAAGAAGAACAGGCGUCCAAUCUAGAGGAAAAUCCCCAAAAGGCAAAUGACACGCCACCGAAAGAGGAAGGUACCCAGGCAGCUGACAAUAAUGGCGAUGAAAGCUCGACACUGGAUGAAUCCAAAGACACUUCCUACUGCUCCCAAACUCCCACUGCCGGAGAAGACGAUUCCUUCACUACCGCAGCGACGCCAACGGUAGACGCACAAGCUCGGGCGUGGUAUUAUCUGCCAGAACCAAUGCAACGUCUGUUGACAACUUUUACAACGGAGGAACGACAAUUGCUUUGUGUGAUAGCCUCUAUUGCAAUGCUCAUUAUCAUGGUCAGCAGUGUCUCUGGUGCCCUGGCAACAGCUGGACAUCCGAGUAGUAUAGAGCCAUCCUCCACCAUGCAGGUGACAUCAUCCAAUAAUGGGACAGCAACGACAACAAGUACCGGUAGCACCACUGGACCAGCUCCAGCUUCACCAAUACCAACCGAAAUCCCUACCACCAAAGGCCCUGUCGGCACAAACGAACCUACCAGGUGGUACAGUGAUAUGACUACUGGACCUACCACGGAUAUUGAAAGCUAUAUUGCCGGAACACCAGCACCGAGUUACAGUUACAGUAGACGUCCUUCCAUUGCGGGAUACCGAACCCGAGCACCGACAACCAUUUCCCCAACAAACUACGGUAGUACUGAAACACCCACCACUCCACUGAGUACAGGCACUCUUACUCCCUCAAUGAUGUCCAAACCAGAGCCGACACCUUAUCAUCAUCAUCAUCUGCCGUCAUUGGUACAUCCCUUAACCACGCACAGGCCAACUCUCAGUAGCUACUUUCCUACCAUUUCUCCAAACACGCCUCCACCCACCGCAACGACGAAAGCUCCUUCCGACUCGGUGGUGUUAGUCAGUGACAAUCACCAGUAUACCAGGGAGCCAACAGCGGUGCCGGUGUCAGCAGCAGCGCCAGUAAAGAAGUUUACCACCCCUCCCACCCGUGACGUGACACCCCAUCCAAGCAAGAGACCCACAACAGUGGCGCCAACUUAUAUGCCCACCCAAAGUCCAUCCGUGGCACCACAACAAUCAUUUCCAGAACAUGCCACGACACCGCCUCACCCAUCCUCCAUGAAAUUUGGAACGGCAGCACCUCGACCCACCAGUGUGGGGACCGACGCGCCUCAACCUGCGUAUUCCAGUGUGGGUACCGCGGCACCACGACCUCCAUCCUCCUUCCAGGGAAACAUUACCUAUGUCCCGGGCGUCCUAUCGAAAGAAGUAAAUGGACUCAAACUAUCUCGUGGUCUCAACGCCCGUCUCAUUGCCAAAGCGGGAGACUUUGUGUCCUAUGCCACGGGUCAUAAUUCCUCCGUACCAUUUCAUUCUCGACCCGAUGCAGGAGCCACAUUUGCCGAUACUCGAUCCUGGAAUCCCAAUGGGUGGGUCUAUGUGAGCAACUCGGAAAUGCGCCUCGACGAUGGUGGACCCAGACAAGGAGGAGUGGGUGCCAUUACAUUCGAUGCACAAGGCAAAAUUCUGCAUUAUGAAAGAAUACUCUCCAACUCGACAUGGAACUGUGGCGGAGGACGCACUCCUUGGAAUACUUGGAUCAGUUGCGAAGAAGCUCCAGGUGGCCUCAUUUGGCAAGUGGACCCGUUUGGAAUUCGGGAACCUGAAGUGCUGACACUUGGACGUGACGGUGGGCGAUUUGAGAGCUUUGCGUACGAUGCUAGAAAUGCGAGCAGACCAAGAUUCUUUGUUACUGAGGACCAUGAAAGGGGCGCCCUACAAAGAUUUACACCCAACAACCCCGAUUGGACCAAUGAUCCAUGGUCGAUGCUUCAUGGAAAUGGCACCACAGAGUACCUAGUGCUAAAACCCAACAAUCGAAUGACUGGAGGCAAGUUUCGAUGGACAAGUAACCGCGAAUUGGCAGAAAACCGAGUUAGACGGCUCUAUCCAAAUACAGAAGGAAUUGCAGCUCAUGGCAACCGGCUCUAUUUUGUGAGCAAGGUUUUCAAACAGCUUUAUGAACUCAACUUGGACGAAAUGACAUACACAAACUCAACCACAAGGCAAGGGCUGUUCGACGGGACCCCGGAUCAGAUUCAACGCAUCAUGCAUGCAGGAUCUAAACAAACCCGAGAUGCACCGGAUCCUGAAGAGGAGAUUCUAUACCUAACAGAAGAAGAUGGGCGGCACGCUGGAGUUCAUGGCAGAAACGCAAACGGAGAUUACUUCACCAUUGUGGAAAGCCCUGUUUACGAAGACGAAGUGACCGGUCUCGCAUUUUCUCCGGAUGGCAUGCACAUGUACUUUUCCUACCAAGUACCCGGGUUACUUUUCGAUGUGUAUCGAGAAGAUGGACGACCUUUCAAUGCCAAGGCUCUUGAUGUUCAAUAUCAUGGCGGUCCCGCAAUUCAAAUAGACGAGGACGGGAAUUCCAUUGACUGA